AUGAGGUUCUCAUCCGCGGUAGGUACGGCUCUCGCCCUCCUGUUCAGCCUCACGACAGCCGAGUCCAACCUUACUGUCCGACAACAGACAGAACAGAUACUCAAAAGUGAUUUCAAGCCUGCCGCAGUCCUCGAGAACACCAACGUUGUCAGGACAAUCAACCUGGACAAGGGGUACGUCCGGGAGACGGUCAAUGUCCUGGUCACGAACACAGACAAGGCUCCACAGUCGGAAUACUAUGUACCUUUCGAAUACGACCUGAUUGGCAAGAUUAGCGGUUUCGACGCCCGGGAUAAGCAGAAUGCUGAGCGAGGGCCACUGGAAUCCAAUAUAGCCGCUUUUCCUACCCAAUACUAUGUCAUUCACUUCCCUGAACCACUCGCACCAAAAGCAAAAAUUACCCUGUCGAUAUCUUUCAACAUUCUCGGUGCCUUGACGCCCCUUCCUGCCUCGAUUAAACAAGACGAGAAGCAAUACCUCGCCUACGAUUUCUCGGCCUAUCUCCCCUCUGUUUACAAGACCCUAAAGCAAAAGACCAAGGUCAAGUUUCCCUCUUCAGAUGUUCCCGAGUAUACGAAGACUGAAGGGUUGACCUCCUCGGCGGAUCCUGAAAAACAGGGUUCUUCAUUCACAUAUGGAACGUACGAUACAGCCAAGAUUCCACCCGGAACGACCUACCCUGUCAGCGUACGCUACGAGUUCAACAAGCCGCUCUUGGUUGCCAGUCUGUUAGAAAGAGAUAUUGAAGUCUCACACUGGGGUGGCAAUCUCGCGACCGAGGAAAGAUACUGGCUACGUCAUGACGGUGCUUCGCUUGCAAACCACUUCUCUCGCGUCACUUGGGGCACGCAGAACUUCUAUAUCAAUGCUGGGCAGGGAAGCACUUCCGCACUGCGAGAAUUGAAGGUACCAUUGAAACCAGGAAGUGUGGAUCCGUAUUUUACAGACGACAUCGGCAAUGUGUCAACCUCCAGAUUCAGGCCAAACAACGUCCGCGAGGCCAGCCUCGAGCUGAAACCACGAUACCCCCUAUUUGGGGGAUGGAAAUAUAGUUUCCGAAUUGGCUGGAACAACGCACUAUCGUCGUUCCUGCGCAAAUUGAAGACCCCGGGUGACACUUACAUACUAUCAGUGCCCCUGAUUGAAGGACCGAAGCUGCAAGAAGGAAUACAGUAUGAGCGCCUUGAAUUCUCGGUGCUGCUUCCCGAAGGUGCAACGAAUGUAAAAUAUCAGACCCAUGGUGGCACCGGUGUGCCUCUACUUCAUGCUGAGUACGGUCUCCAUAAGACAUUCAUGGAUACUCUUGGAAGAACGAAAUUGAGUUUAUCGGCAAGGAAUGUCGUUGAUGAGUCAAGAGAUGUCACCGUGCUGGUCACGUACGAAUAUCCAUUUGCCGCAGCAUUCCGAAAGCCACUGACGAUAUUUGGCGGCGCGAUCGUGGUGUUCGUGGUCGCGUGGGCUAUCAGUACGGUGGAUACGAGUAUUGGGAAGAAGAAGAGAUAA